UGUUACUGUCAAGUCAGCACUUCUCUCCUCCUCGUGGUCGUUGGCAACCACGUGGUCAACCUAAAAGCUAGCUAGAUUUAUCUUCUCCUUCACCUAAUUCUAGCUCUAAGGCGUGCAGGGAAAAGAAAGAUGGGCAAACGUAAAAGAAAGGGGGAGAGUGGGAUGGUCACCACCUACAUCUCCAGAAAUAAAGCAUUGAAGAAGCUUCAGCUGUCACUGCCAGAUUUUCGCCGCCUGUGCAUCUUGAAAGGCAUCUAUCCUCACGAGCCUAAGAACGUGAAGAAGGUCAACAAAGGCAGCACGGCCCAUAAGACGUACUACUACGCCAAAGACAUUCAGUUUUUGGCUCAUGAGCCACUUUUGGAAAAGUUUAGGGACUUCAAGGUAUUUAUGAGGAAAGUAAAGAAGGCAUACUUCAAGGAUGAGCAUCACACGGUGGAGAAACUGUACGAGAGGAAACCACUGUACACACUGGACCACAUUGUCAGAGAAAGGUACCCCACGUUCAUAGACGCACUCCGAGACAUGGAUGAUGCUCUGACAAUGCUGUUCCUCUUCUCAACCCUCCCACAGCACAAGAGGUUACAGGCUAGCAUAGUCAGCAACUGCAAGAGACUGACUGUUGAAUUUAUGCGCUACAUUAUAGAGGCUCGUGCACUCAGAAAAGUGUUUCUAUCAAUAAAGGGGAUAUACUUUCAAGCUGAAGUCGAUGGUCAAACUCUGACGUGGAUAACACCCUAUCAAUUUAGCCAACAGAUGCCGACAGAUGUGGACUUCAGAGUGAUGCUCACAUUCAUAGAGUUCCAUGCUUCCAUUCUCGGCUUUGUCAACUUCAAGCUCUAUAACUCUCUCAACCUCAAGUACCCUCCAGUGAUCGAUGGCCUCCCCCAACAGCCAGCUGUUAAUGCCUACCCCACACAGUUCCUGGACACAGAAGACAGUCUCGUCAGCGAUGAGUUGGAGGAUCACACAGAGAUGCUAGCUUCUUUGAGUCAUAGUCUUGGCAGGAUACCCACUGAACAGGAUGAUGCUCAAGACAUGGAUGAGGAUAUUCCAGUGGACCUAGAUCCUGAAGAAGACGCCACUUACAAGAAAGCUGCUGAAGAAGAGGAAAAGAAGACCAAACUCAAGCAACUAUUCGAAGGUUGUCGUUUCUUUUUGUCACGUGAAGUACCUCGGGAAGUGCUUACCUUUAUCAUACGUUGUUUUGGAGGUAUGGUCUCUUGGGAAGGGGGUGUGGUGGGGUCCACAUAUCCUGAGUCGGACGUGGGGAUUACUCACCAGGUGGUGGACAGACCAGCACAGCUACACCGGUUCCUCUCAAGGUCCUAUAUUCAACCUCAGUGGGUGUUUGACUGUGUCAACCUGCGUAGACUCCUCCCAGUUGACGACUACUCCCCGGGUACCCAUUUGCCUCCCCACCUAUCCCCGUUCACAGAGGAGGGACCUGGUGACUAUAUUCCUCCCGAGAGAGCCCAGGCCAUCGCUCAGGAUGCAGAAGAGAUACCGGGCGAGAUUAUUGAAUCAGAGGAGGAGGAUUUAUUGGAGGAUAGUGCACCUGCAGUGAAGGCCCCUCGACUAGAUCCAGUACAAUCAUUCCCUGUCGGCACAGUGCUUGCUGGAGAGCUGCCUAGAGAGGCGGUGACAGUCGAGACUCUGGCCAGUCACGAGGAGAAAGAAGAGAAAAAGUUAGCCAUCAUGGCCAUGAGUAAAAAAAGGAAACGGCUCUACAACAUGAUCAUGAGAUCUCGCUCUAAGAAGACAAAGCAAGUAGAGGAACUAAAAACAAGAAGAAAAGAGCAUGAUGAACUACAUAGAACUGAUAGGAAGACUGUUAGGUUUUCAUAGGUAUACUGUUUCUUUGUAUUAGCACUGCAUUUCUUCAAUGCUAAAUGUGUUUUUUCUAAUGCA